UAACACUGUAAAGCCAUCAACUUUACUCCAAAAGCUUCUCACCCCCAAUCCAUGAUUUCCCAGCUCAGUCGCCCUCAAACCCUCAUUAUCUUGGGUACCAUGUGCUUUUGCAGGGAAUAGUCGAGACAGUGCGAAGAACAGUGAAUUAGAGGACAUUUGGAAGCAAACCUCCGGAAUUUCCACAUCUUUAGAAUUAGGAGAAACAGAACAGCGUUUUGGACUUUUGCAGUAUUCUCCUCGCACACUUCAGCAAAUUUUCUGGUCUUAAUUUAUAAUCAAAUUUUACCGUCACAAAUAUGGAAAGCGAUCCGGCACCUGAGGGAAAUGAUAUCGCCAAAAGUCAAAGUGAUGAAAAAUCAGAGAGCAUCUGUGAUGAAUUCAUUUGGCAAGACUAUAUGGACGCAACGCAGACAGAGCCUGUUCUUCCCUUUCUUUUUGACCAUGUAGAAAAAGGUUUACAGAGUUGCUUCAAAGAAGGCAUGAAAAUAGAAGUGCCUCACAAGGAUAAUGCAGAACUGCAUUGGGUUGCUGACAUCAUAUCAGUUUAUGGCUCUUUAUUAAGAUUGCGCUACGUCGGUGUAAAUGAUGAUCCAAGCAAUAUCUAUUGGCUCGAUCCAGCUAUACACAAAGUUCACCGGCUGGGCUGGUGUAAAGAUAACGGCAAACCGUUGAUUCCGCCAAGAAGUGUUUCUGAUGCAAGCAUUGCAGAGAAUCCUGAAGAGUAUUUAAAGGGUGCUGAAACUCUCUCAGAAGAAAUUACUGGUGAUGGCUACACUCCAGUGGAGCGGCUGAAGCAAGGCAUGAAAGUAGAAGUUCAGGAUGAAAAAAAUCCUCACUUUUUGUGGAUCGCCACUAUUAUCGAGAAUGUUGGUGGGCGGCUCCUGCUACGUUAUGACUCUCCAGUCUCCAAUUCUCCCAAUUUUUGGCUGUAUUACACAUCGCCUAGAUUAUUUCCGAUAGGGUUUUGUGAAAAACAUGGCCAUCCCCUGGAGUUUCGUAGACCUUCCUCGAUCAUUACAAGUGCUGAUGUGGAUGAUAGCAAGUGGAAUUCAAUCUUAGAAUCAAGUUUAGAAGAAGGAAGUAAUUUUUCUAUCCCCCCAGAUCUUAUUCAGAUCCGUGUGGGAACAAUUAAACAUGAUUUAACGGUAGGAAUGAAAUGUGAAGCACUCCAUCCAAAAAAUCGAAUUGAAAUCUGCCCAGCAACUGUGGUCAAAAUUUUCGAUGAGUUCUACUUCCUCGUAGUCAUUGAUGAUCUCACCUUGGAUGAUGAUGGUCUCCUUUCCUCAGACCUCUUUUGGUUGGGUUAUAUUGGGCACCCCUAUAUAUUUCCGAUAGGCUGGUCAAAGAAGGCGAAUAUAGAAUUAGCAAAUCCGAAAAAAUGGAUCUCAAAGUCAGGCAAAUUCAACUGGUCUGAAUAUUUAUCGGAAACAAAUUCGGCAGAAGCUCCUAUUAGCAUUGAGCAUGCAUGUGCUCAGGAGCUAGGUUUUGAGAUCAACCUCAAGUUGGAAGCAAUGAAUCCGGAGAACCCUAAUCAGAUUUGUGCAGCGACAGUAACAGCAUUGAAGCAGCAUCUUCUUCAGAUUCGACUCGAUUCACAUGAUGAAUCGCAAGAAAACCAUAUCAUCACUAGUUAUAAUAGCACUGAUAUUUUUCCUGUUGGAUGGUGUGAUACUAAUUCAUAUCCGUUGAAGCCUCCCAGAGAUUCUCAAGAUGUAUUGAAAAACUUUAAAAUCAGUUAUGAGGAAGAAUUAAAGGAAAGCACCUCAUCCAACAGCAGCACUGUCAAUGGGCCUGUCUCAAAAGCAGUUCCAUCACUAUCUGGCUCCUCAUGGUGUCCAAAAAUUUAUUUCAACCAUAAGUGCUUCACAGGUCCCUUUUUGAGCAAGACAGGGUUAGCGAAGCUUCCAAAAGCAGUUGGGCCAGGUCCUGUGACAUUAGUUUUGAAAGAGAUCCUGUCAAUGUUGAUUGGUAUUGCAUACCUUCCAAAUCGUGUGCUCAAAGAACUUCAGUGUUUAGAAAAAACACCAUCAACUCAUGUAGAAGUGCUGAAAGCCAAGUACAAAACAGCUUUAUAUCGGGCUGAAGUGGAGAUUGUCACCUCAUCAGAUAAAGUUACCUCUUUCUGUGAAGAUGUUUGCCAUAGGUUACAGAUCUGUCCCAACUUACUUUCCCUCGCCCCUUUGGAUGGAUCUCCUUGUCCUAAAAAGUGUCAUCUAAUGUCUAAAACAAAUAUUAGCACAGCUUCUGUAAAUCCAAAGCAGACUAGGAAAACCGGCGAAAUGCGGAAGAUCGUAAAAAUUGAAAAAUCGAGAAAUGAGUAUGUUCCUGAAGUUCUCACUCGUAGAAGUUUAAAGAAAACCAGAUCAAGAUUAAAUCAGCUGGAAAACUCAAAAGAAUCAAUGGAAGAAAACGUAGCACCUGCCAAAAAAACAAGAUACGAAACACGUGGAGUGAAACUACCAAGUUUCGCUGUCAGAAACAAGCCAAGGCAGAAAUGUGAGGAUGAGCUAAUGGUUGUUGGCACUCCUAGUCAAAAUAAACUUCCAUUACCCAUAAAACGUGGUCGGAAAUCACACAGACGAACCGAGAACCGAGAUAAACUUGUAAAAUCGCUAACCAUCAUUCAAACGAUAAAAGACAUUAGCAAUCAAGAGUAUAUAGUUCCUAGCAAUCCUUACAGGUGGUCUGUUGAGGACCUGUAUGAUUAUAUCUCAGAAACUCCUGAUUGUCAUAUGCUUGCUCCUCUUUUGAAAAGUCAAGAAUUUGAUGGAAUUUCAUUCAUGUUGCUGAAUCUCCCUUCGUGUGUUGAGUCACUCAAUCUGAACUACAAAAUGGCAAUUCGACUUUGUCGGCAUGUAGAAGCUGUUAAGUAUGCUUAUUUAAGUAAGUACAAAAGUUCUACGUCCAUAGAAACAGAUGUUUGUUAAUUAAUUUUUCUUGACGAAAUCCCUAGUAAAAUAAAUGUUGUUAAUUUUCCCAA